UUGACAUGUUGUUACCCUCGGCAGGUAACAUAAAUUAACGGAGUCUUGUUUACUCGGUAAAUGGGAUAAGGAUCGAAUGUGAAGACAAAUUUUGAUGUUUAAUGGCAGAACCUGGCGUCUUCCAACUACAAUUUGAAAAUUAACGGUAGGAUGACCAGAUACUCUACAAAACGGAAGCAUCGUAAUAAUGGUAAUCACCGUCUAUACCGAACUCGUGUGUACGGAAGAGAUUUAGACCAAAUUCAUCAAGAUUUGAUAGAACCAGAAAAAUAUCAAAAGCUACCUUUAGAUCCUGACCUACCUGGUUUGGGACAAAACUACUGCGUUGAAUGUGCUCGUCACUUUGCCACUGAUGAAGCAUUGCGUCUUCACAAACGUAGCAAAGUUCAUAGACGUCGUUUGAAAGACUUGAAGGAGCCCGCAUAUUCACAAGAAGAAGCAGAAGCUGCUGUGAAUAUCGCUCAUCCCAAACCAGGUACUUCUUCCGAUGUGAAUCAAAAUCAGGAACCCCAAGCAAUCAUGGCGGAUUAGUGGAUUGUAGCAUUGGGCUACUUUUUUAAUUACAAGCUGCCUAUAAGUUAGACUUCUCAAUGAGAGAAGUUCAAUGUCCGUUUGCUGUUGGUUCUUAUAUCCAUCGGUUUCAUAUCGUUUAGCAUUUCUCGUAUUGUGGAAGUGUUUCUUAAAUUGAGUCAUGUUUUCGGUAUCGGUUCCCUAUUUAAAACUUUUUUCUUUUUAGGUUUUUGGAUUUUGGUACAUAUUUGGGUCUAAUUUAGUAAUGAAU